AAUCAAUCUGUACACUACAUCCAGCCAACCUCGCCCGUUAAAGUGGUUGAUCGAUGUGCAUAUAUACUCUUGCGUUGGCUUUAGUUUGCCAGCCACCACGUCCGACCAGCACAAACAAGACUGUACUCUGGGCUCCUCUGACUCCGUGUCUUGCUAAAAUAUCUUGAUCGACUCGUUGCGAGGUUGAUCAGAUGGCGGAGGAAGCGAAGCAGGAUGUGGCGCCACCCGCGCCGGAGCCGACCGAGGACGUCGCGGACGAGAAGGCGGCGGUUCCGUCGCCGGAGGAAUCCAAGGCCCUGGUUGUCGCCGAGAAUGACGCCGAGAAGCCUGCAGCUACAGGGGGCUCACACGAACGAGAUGCUCUGCUCACGAGGGUUGCGACCGAGAAGAGGAUUUCGCUGAUCAAGGCAUGGGAGGAGAAUGAGAAGGCCAAAGCCGAGAACAAGGCCGUGAAGUUGCUGGCGGACAUCACCUCGUGGGAGAACUCCAAGGCCGCGGAACUGGAAGCCGAGCUCAAGAAGAUGCAAGAGCAGCUGGAGAAGAAGAAGGCGCGCUGCGUGGAGAAGCUCAAGAACAGCGCCGCGACGGUGCACAAAGAGGCGGAGGAGAAGCGUGCCGCGGCGGAGGCACGGCGCGGCGAGGAGAUCGUCGCGGCGGAGGUGACCGCCGCCAAGUACCGCGCCAAGGGUGAGGCGCCGAAGAAGCUGCUCUUCGGCAGAGGAUAGAUAGCCGCGGCUUGGAGACGGUCCUCUUCGCUUCAUCUUCAACUCCUCUCUGUUUGACCGUUGCAAUGUCUGCUGGCCAUUGCAUCACUUGUGUAUUUAUCUUUGGGUGUGAUCUUAGUUUGUAUGGUAUCAUCAAUUGCGUCGUGGUGUAAUUUGUGAUUGUUUUGUGAGAUACUUGGGUGUACUGUAUAAAGAUGGAGUAGUCUUUUCGUGCACACAACACUAUAACAGUAUCUGAUACUUGUUGAAAGCAAUUAACCCACAUUCAGAAUCA